GCGCUGAGAGAGAGAGAGAGAGAGAGAGAGAGAGAGAGAGAGAGAGAGAGAGAGAGAGAGAGAGAGAGAGAGAGAGAGCGAGAGAGAACACAAUCGGGAGAGCGUCUAGUGCGCGGAUCGACCGAGUGCGAUUGUUAUUUUUGUAUCCUUUGGUGCGCCAGUGAACGAAACGUUUAAAUCUCCCACAUCCGAAGCCCGAAGGAUGCUGCAGUCCAACGUGCCCGAGAUGAGAAUCGACGUCGACGGCCCAGCGAUCGUUGGCGAGCACGACGACAACGCCAGUUUGGAGCAGGAGCUGGCGAAAAGUCUGUCCAACUUCGUGAUCCCGCGGCCGUCGCUAGUGGUAUCGUCGACGGCGAGCAAGAGCAGCGACAACAGGACGUGGGAGUCGCCGUCGCGCGGCUCGACGGCGUCGUCGACCCAGAGCGCGGCCUCCGGCACGCUGCUGCUCACGGCGGCGAAUCUGGCCAACCUAGCUAAGCUUCACCCGCCGACUCUGGAGCCGCCGAAGCAGCUGGACAGCGUCAGCGUGGCGAGCAGCACGCACUUCACGGUCGUCAACGGACUCGGCAGACCGAGCGUCGUGAAGAAGAAGUCGUGGUGCGCCAGGAAUCAGCUCACCGUGCUCGUUUGCAGCACGAGCCUGCUGUUCAUGCUCGGAUUGCUUCUCGGCGUGCUUUACAUGGACAUGCGAGUCCGAACCAAAUACAACUGAAAGGCAGUCUUGAAUCACCCAUUAUUCGUCGUCGUCAUAAGUUUAACGCAUCGCAAACAUAUAUUACAAUGCAUGUUCUUUCGUAUAUAUAGCGGUACUGUAAUACUUUGCAAGUAUGUGUAUUCGAUUUCGCUUCGCGCGCCACUUACACGUCAUUAUCAUUCACAAUUGUAGCGUAUGCUGCGGCCGUGUAAUUAGUUCGUCGCGAGGCAUAUCAUCAAUCUUUACUCUUUUGUAUUGCUUAGAAUUUAAGUUAAUUUAAUCGAAAUAGCGUGAAUGAAAAGAAUUAAAAAAGAAGAUAUUAAAUUAGCGAAUCGACGUUGGACAUUGAAGCGAAGAAUCGAGCUGGAAGCGGCGAAUCGUCGCUAAACACUCUAUGUGUCUGUGAUAUUAUAUUGUAUGAUUAAAAAUAAAGCGAUCAAGGCAAAAUAGCUUUCACUAUUUACA